CUUCCUUUGCACGCGGUUGAAGAGACCGGUAGGCCUGGACGGCUUGUGCUGAAUGAUGCCGGGAAAACUCCGUAGUGACGCCAGUUUGGAAUCAGACAUGGCCAUGGAAAAGUUGGAGACCCGGCGAAAGCAAAACGUGAAGAAAGAUAGAAAAGAGCAGCCAAAGUCUGAUAAGACUGAAGAAUGUGCAGAAGGAAAAGAAGAAACUCUUACCCCCAAAACCAAAAAAGUUAAAAACAAACCAGGGCCUUCUGAAGCUGAUACAAAUUCUCCUAAAUCCAAAAAGGCAAAAAAGCAAGAGGAGCCUACUCAAGAUGACAUUAUUUCUCCUAAAACCAAGAGUGCAAAAAAGAAAAAGGAAAAGGAGCCUCUUGAAAAGGAAGUUGUCUCUCCUAAAACCAAAAAAGUAAUAAAAAAUGAGGAACCUUCUGAAGAAGAUGUGGAUGCUCCUAAACCCAAGAAAAUGAAGAAAGAGAAGGAAGUAAAUGGAGACAUUGGAGAGAAAAGUCCCAAACUAAAGAAUGGAUUCUCUCAUUCUGAACCUGACUCCAAUGAAGCUGCCAGUGAAGAAAGUAACAGUGAAAUAGAGCAGGAAAUACCUGUGGAACAAAAAGAAGGCGCUUUCUCUAAUUUUCCCAUAUCUGAAGAGACUAUUAAGCUUCUCAAAGCCCGUGGAGUGACCUUCCUGUUUCCUAUACAAGCAAAGACGUUUCACCAUGUCUAUAGUGGGAAGGACUUAAUUGCACAGGCGCGGACAGGAACUGGGAAGACAUUCUCCUUUGCCAUCCCUCUGAUUGAGAAACUUCAGAGUGAGCUGCAAGAUAGGAAAAGAGGCCGUCCCCCUCAGGUUCUGGUUCUUGCACCUACAAGGGAGUUGGCAAGUCAAGUAAGCAGAGACUUCAGUAACAUCACAAAAAAGCUUUCAGUGGCCUGUUUUUAUGGUGGAACUCCAUAUGGAGGUCAAAUCGAAAAAAUGCGGAAUGGGAUUGAUAUCCUGGUUGGGACGCCAGGUCGUAUCAAAGACCACCUACAGAAUGGCAAGCUAGAUCUCUCCAAACUUAAACAUGUUGUCCUGGAUGAAGUUGACCAGAUGUUGGAUAUGGGUUUUGCUGAUCAAGUAGAAGAGAUUUUAUGUGUGGCAUACAAGAAAGAUUCUGAAGACAAUCCCCAAACAUUGCUUUUUUCUGCAACAUGCCCUCAUUGGGUAUUUAAUGUUGCUAAGAAAUACAUGAAAUCUACAUAUGAACAGGUGGACCUGAUUGGUAAAAAGACUCAGAAAACAGCAAUAACUGUGGAGCAUCUAGCUAUCAAGUGCCACUGGACUCAGAGGGCAGCAGUUAUUGGAGAUGUGAUCCGAGUAUAUAGUGGUCACCAAGGGCGUACUAUCAUCUUCUGUGAAACCAAGAAAGAAGCCCAGGAGCUGUCACAGAAUGCAUCUAUAAAGCAGGAUGCCCAGUCAUUGCAUGGAGACAUUCCACAGAAGCAAAGGGAAAUCACCUUGAAGGGUUUUAGAAAUGGUGAUUUUGGAGUUUUGGUAGCCACCAAUGUUGCUGCACGUGGGUUAGAUAUCCCUGAGGUUGAUUUGGUUGUACAAAGCUCUCCACCAAAGGAUGUAGAGUCCUACAUUCACCGUUCUGGGCGGACGGGUAGAGCUGGAAGGACAGGAGUUUGCAUCUGCUUCUAUCAACACAAGGAAGAAUAUCAAUUAGUACAAGUGGAGCAAAAAGCGGGAAUUAAAUUUAAACGAAUAGGUGUUCCUUCUGCAACAGAAAUAAUAAAAGCUUCCAGCAAAGAUGCCAUCAGGCUUUUAGACUCUGUCCCUCCUACUGCCAUUAACCACUUCAAGGAGUCCGCCCAGAAGCUGAUAGAGGAGAAGGGAGCCGUGGAGGCUUUAGCAGCAGCUCUGGCACAUAUUUCAGGUGCCACAUCAGUAGAUCAACGCUCCUUGAUCAAUUCAGAAGCGGGUUUUGUGACCAUGAUCUUGAGGUGCUCAAUUGAAAUGCCGAAUAUUAGUUAUGCUUGGAAAGAACUAAAAGAACAACUGGGCGAGGAUAUUGAUUCCAAAGUGAAGGGAAUGGUCUUUCUGAAAGGAAAGCUGGGUGUUUGUUUUGAUGUCCCUACUGCAGCAGUCACAGAAAUACAGGAGAAAUGGCAUGAUUCACGACGCUGGCAGCUCACUGUGGCCACAGAGCAACCUGAGCUGGAAGGACCACGGGAAGGAUAUCGAAGCUUCAGGGGUCAGCGAGAAGGCAGUCGUGGUUUCAGAGGACAGCGGGAUGGAAAAAGAGGCUUCAGGGGACAGCGGGGAGGAAGUAGAAACUUCAGAGGAGGAUCAGGAGGUGGAAACAAAAGCAACAGAUCCCAAAACAAAGGCCAGAAGCGUAGUUUUAGUAAAGCAUUUGGUCAGUGAUUAGAAGUAGAGGAAUUGUGUGGCAGAAUCAGGACUAUGGCACCAUGGAACUGAGUGGUAUUUUUCACACAGAAUUAAAGGCAGGUUGUUUCCUUUUGACCACUUGGCCAGUCCAUAUCCCCAGAAGAAAGACAGGCUUAAUCUAAAUUAUUUCAUCUGAUCAUUAUCAUUUCUAACUUUAUUGCUUUUAUCGGGUUUUCCUUUUGAAAAGUAAUGAAUUGAUUACAUUGUUAUUCUGAUAUAUUCUCUGUAGAUAUAAGAUAGAAUCAAGCAUGUAUGUCUAUACUUGUAAGUUGAUCUUCUUGUGUUUGUGUGCUGGGGAUUGAACCCAGGGCCUCCCACAUGCUAAGCAUGUGCCCUGUCACUAAGCUACUUAAUAGUAGCUUAAUAGUGUCCUCUUAAUAGUAUGCUUCCCUAAAGUAAAUAUUUACGAGAAUACAACAAUCUGUGAAGGACCACAUUAGCCUUUAAAAGUCAAAAGCUUUGUUUUGUAAUUGGUAUCUUCAGCCUCCUGCCAGGUACUUACUUGUGUGGUCCUAUAAUUUGCCUUCUGAGAAUUUAUACUGAGCAAUGUUUUGAAAUGAGUUUCAAACUUAGCUAGGUUGUGAUAGUUUAUGCCUGUGUAUAUGGUCUAGAUUUGAAGGAUGAAAUAACAUUCAAUGUAGAUUACCCUUGGUCAUGUGCAUUUUUAAACAAUUUUAGCUUCUCAAUGUAAGGUGAGUCAUGCUUCAAUAAGUUCUUCACAGAUAAUAUAUAUAUAGAGAGAAAUACAUUUUGAUAGAAAGCCUGUGUCUUUAAGGAAUUCCACGUGUAUAAGAUGGCUAUGUAGCUUUCUUUGUAAAUAAGGAGGCUAGAUAAAUAGUGUUUGAAUGAUUGUAUUCCACUUCUUCCUAUUGGAAGAUCAACAUUAUUAAGAAGGAAUUAAGGGAAUAGGGGACAUAGGUUUGUGUAGAGUAUGUGCAAAAAAACUCACUGAAAAUAUUCUUUACAUGUAAGAAGGAAACAUUAAUAAGUGAAAAGCAAAGAGUACAAGUGAAGAUGCAUGAUAAAACAUUAUUUUAAUGAUUGAUGUGUAUUUCAAGAGGUUUACUUCUAAUGGGCAAGCUGGGAUUUUGGGGGAGAAUGGUCUGCUGUAGUUUCUCAAUAGCCUAGAUUUUAAAGCCACAGAGUAGGACCUGUUUCUGUAAAACCGAUUCUUUCUUGAAAUACUUUCAUUGAUUAGAGACUUCCUUUAAGACAAACUGAAUGGUUAUUUAAGUUGUUUCUCUGUGGGAACUGAAUACUUACUGUAGCUCCUGUCAGAUAACUACACCUGAGGACUUCAGUGUUUGUUGGAAACAUUCUGCACAGCAUAGGCGCUCCAGAGUGGCAUUGUCCUCUUGCCUUAAUUUCUAGAAAUUGUCUUUGAUCUGUUUUUUUCCUCUAAUUGCCUCUCACUUGAUCAACUAGCAAAAAGGGGCUCUGAUAGCCAAUUUAGCUCCUGAUCAUUGAAAACAUCCUUUUUCUGUUUGAGCUUCAGUUUUAUCCUUAAGUCUGGGACAAGGUAUUUCUUGCUGUUUGAGAAUUCUCUUGGCCUUUUAUUCUUUGAUCCAUUUGUCAAUUUUAUCACUUUGUUUUUAUUCCUCAUGGAUUCCCAUCAAGCCACAGGGAAUUGGGAGAAGGUAUUUGAUGACAAUCCACAUGUGCCUUUGGGUUAUAAUUUAUUAGAUUCUGGUUUUGUCUAGAUACUUGGACAUGCUUUAGUAAAAACUAAAACAUAUAACAAUUUGGAUAGGAAUGGGUACCUCCUCAGGCAGUUUUGAAGAAUAUAGUAACUGUGCAUGAUGGGGGUACACACCUGUAAUCCCAGCUGUUCUGGAGGCUAAGUCAGGAGGAUCACAAGUUUGAGGCCAGCCUGGACAAAUGAUGAUAUUUUGUCUCAAUGAAAUUUUGAAAGGGGCUGGAUGUGGUAGAGCACUUGCUUAGCAUGUGUGAGACCUUGGGUUUGAUCCCAAGUACUAAAAAUAUUUGGUAGCUAUCCUUUAGGAAGGAUAACUUAACCUUUUUUAUGUGGAUUAUGGAUUAGCCUAAAUUAGAAAAAUGAUCAGGCAUAAUGAAGAGUGAAAAGGAAGAGUAAUAGGAAUUUCACGUUAUACAACUUAAUUUUAAGAAAAACAUAGCUCUUUCAAUAAACGAAGCUAACAUUUCUUUUGGAUUCCAGAUUACAGAAUUCACACCAUAUUAUAAGUAUAUAAUUGAGCUGUUAUUUGGUUUAAAUGGACUUUUUGGGCUAGCCUGUGGGAAAUGUUACCAUUUUUACUAUUUUCUACAGAGAAAAUAUUUUCAGAGUUAUGUGUCAAAUAAUUCAGCGGACUUAAAAAUUACAACCCAUUUUUGUGUUGGAGUUCUGUGCAGUGCUUCCUCUGCAGUUGUACAUAAAAUGUUUUUACUGUAAAUGAGUUAAUAUAACAUGUUACUUUAUGCCAUAAUAAAAAAAGAUAUUAGUACUUUA